AUGGCUUCGCUCUACCAGAGGUUCACGGGCAAGAUCAACACCUCGCGCUCCUUCCCGGCGCCCCCGGAGGCCAGCCACCUCCUGGGCGGCCAGGGGCCUGAAGAGGACGGCGCGGGGCCCAAGCCCCUCGGAGUCCCCGCGCCCGCGGCGGCGCCCCGGGAGCGCGGCGGCGGCGGCGGCGGCGGCGGCGCGGGUGGCCGGCCCCGGUUCCAGUACCAGGCGCGGAGCGACGGUGACGACGAGGACGAGCUGGUGGGGAGUAAUCCUCCACAAAGAAAUUGGAAGGGAAUAGCGAUUGCACUCCUUGUGAUUCUGGUCAUCUGCUCCUUGAUUGUCACCUCGGUCAUACUGCUGACACCAGCGGAAGAUAAUAGUCUGUCUCAGAAGAAGAAGGUCACAGUGGAAGAUCUCUUCAGUGAUGAUUUCAAAAUCCAUGACCCCGAGGCCAAGUGGAUAAGCGAUAAAGAAUUCAUCUACAGAGAACAGAAAGGAAAUGUGAUACUACAGAAUGUUGAAACAAAUAUUUCUACGGUGUUAAUAGAAGGCAAAAAAAUUGAAUCAUUAAGAGCCAUCCGAUAUGAAAUCUCUCCAGAUAAGGAAUAUGCUCUGUUUUCAUACAACGUGGAGCCAAUAUACCAACACUCCUACACUGGAUACUAUGUCCUGAGCAAAAUUCCUCAUGGGGACCCUCAAAGUCUGGACCCACCGGAAGUGAGCAAUGCGAAGCUUCAGUAUGCAGGGUGGGGCCCCAAAGGCCAGCAGCUGAUAUUUAUCUUUGAAAAUAACAUCUACUACUGUGCACACGUCGGGAAGCAGGCCAUUCGUGUGGUGUCUACUGGGAAGGAAGGCGUGAUCUACAACGGUCUCAGUGACUGGCUGUACGAAGAGGAGAUUUUGAAGACCCACAUCGCCCAUUGGUGGUCUCCAGACGGCACGAGGCUCGCCUACGCCACCAUCAACGACUCCCGUGUGCCCGUCAUGGAGCUCCCAACCUACACUGGCUCCAUCUACCCCACAGUGAAGCCCUACCACUACCCCAAGGCUGGAUGUGAAAACCCCAGCAUUUCCCUGCACGUCAUUGGCUUAAAUGGACCCACCCACGAUCUGGAGAUGAUGCCACCAGAUGAUCCACGGAUGAGGGAGUACUACAUCACCAUGGUGAAGUGGGCCACCAGCACCAAGGUCGCGGUGAACUGGCUGAGCCGGGCGCAGAACGUGUCCCUUCUCACCCUCUGCGACGCCACCACCGGGGUCUGCACAAAGAAACACGAGGACGAAAGCGAAGCCUGGCUCCACAGACAGAACGAGGAGCCAGUGUUCUCCAAGGACGGCCGGAAGUUCUUCUUCGUCAGAGCCAUCCCACAGGGGGGACAAGGGAAAUUCUAUCACAUCACCGUCUCGUCGUCCCAGCCCAACAGCAGCAACGACAACAUUCAGUCCAUCACAUCUGGAGACUGGGACGUCACCAAGAUCCUGUCCUACGACGAGAAGCGGAACAAGAUCUACUUCCUGAGCACGGAGGACCUGCCUCGGAGGCGACAGCUCUACAGUGCCAGCACGGUGGGCAGCUUCAACAGGCAGUGCAUGUCCUGUGACCUGGUGGAGAAUUGCACCUACUUCAGUGCAUCCUUCAGCCACAGUGCAGACUUCUUCCUCCUCAAGUGCGAAGGUCCUGGAGUCCCCACGGUGACAGUGCACAACACAACGGAUAAGAAAAAAAUUUAUGACCUAGAAACAAACGAACACGUAAAGAAGGCCGUACAUGACCGACAGAUGCCGAAAGUGGAAUACAGGAAGAUCGAGGUUGACGAUUACAACCUCCCCGUUCAGAUCCUCAAGCCCGCGACCUUCACCGACACGGCACACUACCCCUUGCUCCUGGUGGUGGACGGCACCCCCGGGGGCCAGAGCGUGGCCGAGCGGUUCCAGGUGAGCUGGGAGACGGUGAUGGUGAGCAGCCACGGGGCCGUGGUGCUCAAGUGCGACGGCCGCGGCAGCGGCUUCCAGGGGACCAAGCUCCUGCACGAGGUGGGGCGGCGGCUGGGCACCCUGGAGGAGAAGGACCAGACGGAGGCCGUGCGGAUGAUGCUGAAGGAACAGUACAUCGAUAAGGCGCGUGUGGCCGUGUUUGGGAAGGACUACGGCGGGUACCUGAGCACUUACAUACUCCCAGCGAAGGGUGAAAACCAGGGUCCGCUUUUCACCUGUGGCUCUGCUCUCUCUCCAAUAACAGACUUCAAGCUCUACGCGUCUGCGUUCUCCGAGAGGUACCUGGGCCUCCACGGACUUGACAAUAGGGCAUACGAGAUGACCAAGGUGGCUCAUCGAGUGUCAGCCCUGGAAGAGCAGCAGUUUCUAAUCAUUCAUGCAACCGCUGACGAAAAAAUCCAUUUCCAGCACACGGCGGAACUCAUUACACAGCUAAUUAAGGGGAAGGCUAAUUACAGCUUACAGAUCUACCCCGACGAAAGCCAUUACUUCCACAGCGCCUCCCUGCACCAGCACCUGUACCGGUCCAUCAUCAACUUCUUUGUGGAGUGCUUCCGGAUUCAGGACAAACUCCCCGCAGCCACAGCGAAAGAGGAGGAGGAGGAGGACUAACCCGGGAGCCGGAGCCAGAGCCAGCCCUGAGCACGGCGGGGGCUCCCCCUGGAACAGUGUGCGGCCGGGACCCCGCCCCCCUCUCCCGCAGAGGCCGGGGCCGGGGCAGCAAGUGUGAUUUCCAUAGCAUG